UCCUGCGUGAGCUGGAUUUAAAUCACUGUUUGCAUUGAACGGGUUAUAAGCGUUUACAUAAAAAUCAACUCAUUUGUUCGAUCGAUUCGAAACAAAUUAACGGAUAUCAGUGUUUAUUUAUUUUUAAAGUCUGCGUCAGAACUCAAGUCGCUGAUUUAAUGGCGUUACGAAACAUCGAAAAUGUCGCCUGCUUUAUCAUCGUCCUCAUUACGUCACACCACGUGACCGAACAGGCGGAUGACGUGGCACAGUUGAACAGAAGGCUGACGAUAAUCAAGCAUUCCGUUGAUGACGAUAUCGUCGACAUCCGGCUCGAUAUCAUGGAACUUAAGAUGAUUGUCGAGCAGAUUGUUGGCGUUCAGAGGAUCACUAGCGAUGGAUCCGUUAUUGGCCAGGGAAUGACAGAUCUUAAUCAAAGGGAAAUUACAGAUCUCAAGAAUAAGUUGAAUGCACAUGAAAUCCGACUGAACAGAUUGUUUAGUACUGUAAACGAAAUUCAAGUUGAAAAUACGGCACUUAAAAAUAAAGUAAACCAAUUUUUCGAGGAAAAGGAAAAUGGCGUUAAAGUUGAACUUUUCAAAUUGAACGCAGGGAUUGAAACAAAAUUCGACGACAUGGUCAACGUUCUUCAAAUGAAGUUUGAAGAAACCGCAGCGGCGAUGAUGAAAGGUUACAAGGACCUGAAGACGCACGUGAACGUGAAAGUCUCUGUGGCCGAUCAAAUAAAUAAUCUUGCCCAGUCAGUUAUCUCCGAACAAAACAAACUGAGUACGAGGCUUGACCAGGCAGAUGCGAGGAUCAUUAGACUGGAUGGUGAAGUGAAUAAGCUCGAAGUCGACGAAUUGGUCGAGAAAAACGAAAGAAACGAAUUGAUCAAUAACUUAAAAGCUGAACUUCUCCAGUUGAACGCAGUCGUUGAAACGAAAUGCGACGACAGAGUCAACGCUCUUCAAAAGAGGUUUGAAGAAUCCACAACGGCUAAUUUGGCAGGUUACAAAUAUCUGGAAACGCACAUGUCCGUUCAAAUGAAAAAUCUUACACAGUCGGUGAUCUCCGAACAAAACAAACUGAGUGCGAGGAUGGACCAGGCAGAUACAAAGAUCGAAAGACUGGAUGAUGAAGUGAACAAGCUGGCUGACUUUUCGAGAGCGAUUGAAGAGGUGAAAGCAAAGACUGACAAGUGCUGCAUAGAUUGCGGUGACCCAACACCAGACCGUGGUACAGUAAACACCACAGAAACAACGGUUGGAACUGUUGUUCAAAUAUCAUGCAUUCACGGUUACGUACUGAGCGGAGCAAACAUCGCCAAAUGCAACGCAGACUUUGUCUGGUCUGAAUCAGCCACAUGUAACCCAUAUGACUGCGGAAGCGCUGCCCCAGCCAAUGGUGUAGCCACAGCUACUAAUGGCACUUCCUACAAGAAGCAGGCUACUGUGAAGUGUAACCCAGGGUACACACUCAACGGCUCAUCAGUGAUAGAGUGCAAUGCAACCGGCUGGAAUGAGUCUGUCUCAUGUAUACAAAAUUGCGGUGACCCAACACCAGACCGUGGUACAGUAAACACCACAGAAACAACGGUUGGAACUGUUGUUCAAAUAUCAUGCAAUCACGGUUACGUACUGAGCGGAGCAAACAUUGCCAAAUGCAACGAACACUCUGUCUGGUCUGAAUCAGCUACGUGUAAACCAUAUGACUGCGGUAGCGCUGCCCCAGUCAAUGGUGUAGCCACAGCUCACAAUGGCACUACCUACCAGAAGCAGGCUACAGUGCAGUGUAACCCAGGAUACACACUAAGAGGCCCAUCCGUGAUAGAGUGCAAUGCAACCGGCUGGAAUGAGUCUGUCUCAUGUAAUCAAAAUGGCGGUUGGACAUCAUGGUCUUCGUGGAACACGUGCAUUUCUCGGCAUAGAAAAAUGUGUGAUCGUUCAUUAAUGAGCAGAAAGCGAGAAUGUUCCAACCCGAAACCUUCUCCCUAUGGUCAGCAGUGCAAUGGAUCCAGGUCGGAUAUUAUAUCGUGCGAUACAUGCCAGACCGCAUCCAGUUCAAACACUGAUUCAGUGUCAUAA